GAUGUUACCGAGUGACGUGUCUUGAGCCAAGCCAGCCAGAAGUACCUGUCUCAGAAUCUAAUGGAACAACAAGUGACACCGUCCCUGAAGGAAGUCGACAACUGUGUGUUCAGUUCCUAGAUAUGACGGACUGCCACUCCUUGGAGGACUCUGGGCUGAAUGUGGUUGUCCGUAACUGUCCUCAGCUAACCCAUCUCUUCCUUCGACGUUGUGUCCAGCUGACAGACGUGGCGGUCAAGUAUAUUGCUACUUACUGUGUGAUGCUACGGGAACUUAGUGUUAGCGACUGUUUACAAGUUACUGAUUUCGGUCUUUACGAACUUGCCAAACUGGGACCUAACCUACGGUACCUCAGUGUGGCUAAAUGUCACCAAGUUUCUGAUGCUGGUGUCAAGCAAAUAGCUCGCCACUGUUACAAGCUGCGCUAUCUGAACGUUCGAGGCUGUGAAGCCGUGUCCGAUGACAGUAUGGAAGUGUUGUCCAGAAGCUGUCCGAGGCUCCGGGCGCUGGACAUCGGCAAGUGUGACGUCACAGACUACGGACUGAAGCUCCUGUCGGAACACUGCCCGAACCUGAAGAAGCUGAGCCUCAAGUCCUGCGACAUGGUAACAGAUAAAGGAGUCCGAGCUAUCGCUUACUACUGUCGGGGUCUCCAGCAGCUGAACAUCCAGGACUGUGCUAUUACCGUGGAAGGUUACAGGAUGGUGAAGAGAUGUUGUAAACGUUGUAUCAUAGAGCACACCAAUCCGGGCUUUUAUUAACAUGUAAAUAAACACGUGUGCCGUACUGGACUGCGCCAUUACCGUGGAAGGUUACAGGAUGGUGAAGAGAUGCUGUAAACGUUGUAUCAUAGAGCACACCAAUCCGGGCUUUUAUUAACAAUGUGUAAAUAAACACGUGUACCGUACUGGACUGAGCUAUUCCUGUGGAAGGUUACAAGAUGGUGAAGAGAUG